UAUUAUUAUUAUUAUUAUAGCGUAUGAAAUUAUAAUGGUCCGUGAUUCUAUGUGCGAUUAUCUUACACCCUAAACACAUUAAAUACUUUACAUGUUCCAAUUUUUUAAAAAAGAACCAUUUUUAAGGAACUUGGUGUUCUUUAACAACUUAUUAAAACAUUGUUAUAAAAGCGGAAUGUAUUGUUCUAUUGUUACUCACAAGACAAGAACGUGUUGUUCCCAUAGGGAAUUUGAUGUGACGGUAUAUAUCGUUCCACUCUAUUUGUUCCGUUGAAUUCUUUUAUAUAUCAUAACGAUAAUAUAUGCGAAAUGAUUAUCUUGAGGAAUAGUUAUUUAAUUAUGAAUACUCUGCAGUCUAAUUUAUAUUGUGCCACUUGAAAUAAUUCCGUUUUCGCUGCUACCUUAACUCUGCUAUGGAGAGCGUCCUUCAUUAUAAAAAGGAAUUGUUUUAAUGAGAAGUUUCUCAACUAAUACUUUGUAUACGAAGUAAAGUAUAAGAGAACUUUAAAGAAAUCGGAAUGACAAAACGAGUCUUGCAAAAGCCUGCGUGGAAAGAGGCAUUGGGAGCCUCAAUGAGAUCGAAAAGGCUUAAGUUAAUGCCUGAUAAAGAUAACCGCUUUUGUUGUCCUGUGGCUGAUUGUGACAGCGAGUCGUAUGGAAGUAAAAGAGGGUGUAGAAAACAUGUCUAUAACCGUCAUGGAUGGUUUUAUUAUUUCGAUAAAAGACCAAAUAUCGACGAAGUACUUCCCCACUUCAGUACGAGAAAUCGCAUAAAAGAUCCCCAAAGAAAGCGCGCCUCCACAUUUUCAAUGCCGUCUUUUGCUAAAACAUGUAAUUUGGCAGUUGCAUUUAGGACAUGGUUAAAAAGUCCAGGUGGUGGUGGUAAAGAUUAUUCUCAGGCCGAUCAAAUAACUUGUAAAGUUUUAAAGUAUGCCAAAUAUUGCUGCGAGGAUUCUCCUUCGGUAUGGGAAGUACCAUUCCCUGUUAUCGACUACUGUGUUGGCUCUAUUAAUAUGCUUUCUGAUUUCGUAGAUUUUUUGAGAGACCAAUGGAAGGUUGGCUUCUCAGGAAUAAUUGGCUACAUGAAUGCUAUUGGGCACAUGCUUGAUUACAGACGAAGCACAGGUACGACUGAAAAAAAUUUGUCGAUAUUUGUUGCUGCAGAGAUUUAUUUGCACCGUGUUAAGAAAUUCCUCCUUCGUAAAAUGAAAGCUGAAUGGAAGUGUAUCUUAAGUGUUGAAUAUCUAAACAGUAUAGACUGUUGGGCGACACUAUAUGAUUUACAAAAGGUGACACCAUACCAUAGUGAAAAAUAUAAACAAAUUGUGUUAAAUGCUAAAAACGCAAGUGCAUGUGUCGCAGCACACGAUUUAUCAUUUUCAACUUCCUUCAUAGUAGCUGUAUUAUUUUUAAUGGUGAAGGCUUCAAGACCCAUGACGUAUCAAACUCUUACAGUAACAAUGAUUAAAGGCGUGAAAGAGGAUGGUUUUAUAGAUCAGAAUGUCUUUAAAACUGCGGAGAAAUACGGAUUUGACUCUCUUUAUUUUUCCAUAGAUGUACUCACACUAAUAAAUGAAUACAUUGACAAUGUACGACGAAGAUUGAACCCCACCAACGAUUAUCUACUAGUGUGUCGAAAUGGUAAGCAGUUGACGCGUAUUUCGGACGUAUUCGGUAGAAUUGUUUAUCAAGCAAUUGCUAAGUAUAUAAAUCCUACACGAUAUAGGCAAAUCAUCGAAACCGAAAGUGUUGCACACUUAGAAACAAAAGAACAAGCAAUUCUUUCUCAAGAUCAAAAACACACGUCGCAGGUAGCUAAAGUUCAUUACCAGAAGACUGAAUCGCGCAAUAUAGCUGCAAAAGCCAGGUUAUGUAUGGAUAAAUUACGAGAUCAACUUUAACUGUAAGUGAAAUCAAUAGUAACACCAAAAAUGUGAAAACGUCUGGAAGUACUUUGGAACACGAAACACCUGUUCAAACAAGACAGAAAAAAGUUAGUUUUAGUGCCAUGGAGG